GUUGCUGGGACGUGUUCCGAUCUCGAGACGCAGAUAGGCAUAUGGAAGUGUGAACGCGCCAUUCAUAUCCCCUCAUUUGCAGUCACGAGUGUUUAAACAACAUUGCUGUCCACAAAGUCCGCUAAAGCCUACGCGCAUUUGGAUAGUCGAAGCAGGGGCUGGUGACUGGCAUCCUUGCGUUGUUACUCACGCUCAUUUGCCUUCGCGGGUAGAUCAGAGACCGACGAGCUUGUCAAUGCAAGCUCAGGAGUCAGGCUCGAGUACUGCUGCACGACGACCGUGCAACUUAACUCCCCGACUUCUGGUGACGAAGCCUCAUCACAGACUGGAGGAAUGAUUCCCAAAGGGACCAGCGGGAAGAUCCGAGAUUUGACUACACAUUACUUACUUUUAGAGCAAUGAUUCCCUUCCCUUCCCUUUCAUGCCAGUCCCCAAGUAGCUUCGGGCCAGAUUCGACGACAGCCUUCCAAGGGCAGAGUAGUAAGCACAACAUGGCGAACUGUGUAAAACGGCAGGUG